GGGGGAAGGGUGCGGCUGGGUCAGCUAGUCAGUUUCAGGUAGCCAUUGGGGUCCUGGUUGUGUCGAUGAGAUUCGAGACGCGGCCUCUCUGCUCUUGGCCAAAUAUUUUUGCGGAGCUCUUGCGGGUAAUUCUGGCUAUGGAGCGGCAUUCAACGCGGCAAGUCGCUGGCUGUCGAGCUUAUUUUCCCGCAGGCGUGGGCCGUUUUGUGGAUCUUUGCUCGUUCGCUUAUUUUGAAAACUGUGCGCGUUUGAAGGUUAUGGCGCGCUUCAUAUUUUCCGCGGC